UCAAAUUCAUCGAACCGAUCUCAAGGCAUUAUCGUGUUGGUUUAACUUAAGUACGCACGCGUUUUUCUCGACUUGCUCUCAAUAACCGUGUAACUAAACAAUAUUUAUGAAUAAAGUAAACCAUUAUGUGAACUUUUUCGGGGUGAAGGCCGUGUGUCUCGCGAUAUGAAUUUUGUAACUAAAUAAAAAUCAAAAAAAAAAAAAUUUUAAAAUAGAGUUAAGGUGAAGAAGAGCUCAAAUUUUAUUUUAUCCGUGUGAUGACAGAGAUAAGUAGUGCGGGAAUGGUGACUUAUUACAAUCAUAUAACGAUGUACCGGCAGCAACAGCAACAGGCUGGUAUGCAUCAGCAACAUCUGACCAGUCAGCAGCAGCAACAAGCUGCUGCUACUGCUGCUGCUGUCGUGGCUGGAGCUGCUGCUGCUGCAGCGGCUGAAGGGUCACAGCAAUACUGGUACGGUUAUCCCCAUGGACAUCCGUCCUCUGGGUCAUCCCACCAGUCAUCACCUGGUAGCCAGCACCAGUAUCUGGACCAUCUAUCCAGCGCUUCCGGUGACGUUCUCGGUUGUUCCUGGCCACCUCAUGCCCAUCCAUAUUCCCAUCAUAUUCCGUACCAGCAGCAGCUUUAUCACCAUCAGAACCAGCAGAGUCCGAUGACGAGCACUCCCACCCCCACUGACUGGAGUAUGAGCAAAAAUCACAAUAACAAUAACAAUAAUAACAAUAAUAAUAAUAAUAAUAAUAAUAAUAAUAAUAAUAAUAAUAACAAUGGAUUAGCUAAUGGCGAACCCAGCCCGCCGAUUACCAUAAGUGGCAGUGAAAUAAGUAGCCCUGGAACACCAGCUUCGCCUAAUAUUAGUAAUCUAAAUGCGACGAAUAACACCACGAGUAGUAGUGCAUCUACGACUCCAGUAAGACCAGCUCCGGUUCGUAGCCCGUAUGAGUGGAUGAAGAAAAGUUCGUAUAUUCAUGGCCAAAACCCUGGAAAAACCCGAACGAAAGACAAAUACCGGGUGGUUUACACGGAUCAUCAGCGAUUGGAGCUGGAAAAAGAGUUUCACUUCAGCAGAUAUAUAACAAUAAGACGCAAGGCUGAGCUUGCUGCGCACUUGUCUCUGUCAGAAAGGCAGGUGAAAAUCUGGUUUCAAAAUCGACGCGCCAAGGAACGUAAACAAGUUAAGAAGCGUGAAGAACUUGAACAAAAAGACAUAAAGCCGAACAUUAUCCAUCAGGAAGGUUUGCAAACACCCGGCGGAAUGGCCGCUCUUUCAGCUUUGAGUGGGAUGACCGGGAUGCUGAGUGGUCUGAUGCACAAUGGAAACUCGCCGCCUCUAAAUCUUGGUCCUCAGGCACACAGUCUAGGUCUAAGUCAUCCAAAUUCGUCGAUUCAUUCACAUGCACACCAGCACGUCCAUCCCCAUUCUGUUCUUGGAUUGUGACAAGAAAACAACCUCGGCGCUGCCGAGUCCUGGUCUAUCCCCAGUUGGUCUGGAUAAUUAUAAUUAUUGUCACUAGUAUUUAUUUUGAUUCGUUUUUUUUUAUUAUUGUUUUUAAAGUUUUGUUUAAAAAAAAAAAGUUUUUUUUUAAUUCAUACUUUUUGAAAUUUGUAAAGAGUUGCUGAUGCUUAAUUUUGAAAACUUAAGUAUGAAAUGAGAGGGAAAAAAAAAUACAUUGUAAUAAUUUUUAUUUUUUUUUUCCCUAUCAUUUUGUAGCGUUUUUUCCUUUCGUUUUUUUGAAUUGAGCACAAAUAUUUAAAACUCUUAGGAUUAAAAUUUGCUAGUGAGCUGGAUCAAUAAUAAAGAUCAAUUUAUUUAAAGAGUAUUAUAAUAUUAUUUAACAUUUAUUAAUUAUUAUUAACGUUAAUUAAUCGCGUUGCCGGUGUCAUGAUGGCGUAUAAUUUUUUUUUUAUUUUUUAUCUGAUAUAAAAAUACGAAUUUUGAUGUUGAAUUUUUUUACCUGCUCUUUUGGUUCCUAGGUUAAUACCAGGAGCUAUAAGGGCAACUAAAAUUUUUUUUUGAGGCACCCGUAACGUGAUAUAUUAUUCCAAUUGUAUAUGAUUAAAUAUUUUAAGUAUAUAUUUUUAUUAACGUUUUAUAUCAUUAUAAAAUUUAUCUUAUUAUUUUAUUUAAUAGAACAAAAAAAAAAAAAAUAAAAAACAUUUGAACAAUACUCAGUUCUAUGUUUAAUUGUAUAAAUAUUUAAAUUAAUUAAAUAUUAAUUUUGCUUAUGUAAUUUUUUGCCUCAAAAGUGAGUGCCGAUUUUAAAAUAGAUAAUAAUUAAUAAUUAAAAUAAUAGUAAUAAUUAUAAAAUUACUCGGGAAAAAAUAAUUUAGAUCUCAGAUCUGAAAAAUUUAAGUAAAAAAAAAAAGAGAUUUCUUGGCACCAGAAAAAUUUUGCACUUUGAAUUCAAGACUCAAAUUUUUUGAGCCAAGAAAUCCUUUUUUUCUGUGUAGGAUCUAAAAUUUUUUUAAAAUUUUGACCUCCAUUGAUCUCAGUAGAUCUUUUCAGAUCUAAAAUUCUGAAGAUCAAAAAUUUAGUAAAGUUUUUUUAUUUUCAAGACUUCAAAAUUUUUAUUAAACAUCAAAAUUUUGAAUUUUUUUAAUUGAAAAAUUUCAAUUAUUUUUAUUUUGAUCUUUAUACUUUUAAAGAUCUCGAUAAUAAAAAAAAAAAUCAAUAAUAAGAACGUCAGAUUGAGAUCGUUAGAUAAAAAUUAUUUUUUCCCGCGCCCUUAAAAUUUUGAAAACUAAAAAUGAGAAUCGAACGAUUUUAAUGAAUAGUGAUAAAAUAAAAUUGUUAUUAAAAUAAUAAAUAUAUUCAAUGAAUUAUUUAAAAAAUUUUAUGGAGUAUGAUGAUUCAAAUUAUUGUAUAUAUUAAAAAUUUUAUCUAGAUUUAAAUUUUCUAGAUUACUUGUAAAUUAACUCUUACAACCUUAAAUUUAUUAUAAUUAUUAUCAAUUUUAAAAAAUAUUUUUGUAUUACAUUAAUAAUUUGUUGUAUGUAACUAUCGAAGAUUUUGUACGACCGUGAGUUGUUUAAUUUAUCAUUUAUUAAUAUUUAAUAAAUAAUUAAUAACUAGUAAUUACUUAGCUAAUUGAUUGAUAGUAACAGACGUUGGAAUUUAUUAUUAAUAUUUGAACAUCAUGUUAA